AUGCGCGUGCUCAAAUCUGAGACGAUAAGUGCUCUGCAGGGAGGACAUCACAAACUUGUUGAUCAGUACAAGGUCCUCAAGAUCCUUGGAAAAGGUAGUUUCGGCGUUGUUCAAUUGGUCCAGCCUCAGCCGGAUAUCUCUCAAGCUAUGCGAGCCGUCCCUUCUCCUCCUAAAGUAUACGCCAUGAAGGUGAUCCGGAAGUCUCGGAUGCUCAAAAGCACGCAAGAGGGGCACCUGCGAGCGGAACGCGACUUUCUGGUGGCGUCCGAGGGUUCAGAAUGGAUCGUACCGUUGGUUGCUAGCUUCGAGGAUCUCAAGAGUCUCUAUUUGGUCAUGGAAUACAUGCCCGGUGGCGACUUUCUUGGGCUGCUAAUCAGGGAGAACAUUCUCAGCGAGCCAACCACGAAAUUUUACAUUGCGGAAAUGAUUUUAGGGAUCGAAGAGGCCCACGCUCUCGGCUGCAUCCACAGAGACAUCAAGCCUGAGAAUUUUCUGAUUACUGCCAGCGGACACUUGAGGAUCUCUGACUUCGGUCUCGCAUUCGACGGUCAUUGGUCCCACGAAACAAGCUACUAUCACUCCCAACGAUAUAGUCUUCUGCACAAGCUUGGCAUUGUAGUCGAUGGGGACGUGCAAGAUCGAAAGGAGAGUUGUGAUGGCUUUCACAAAGGGGCUCACAGCUUCACAGCUGCCUCAUGCGUGGGCACUAGCCAAUACAUGGCUCCUGAAGUGAUCCGGGAUGGAAAGUAUGAUGCCAGAUGUGACUGGUGGAGCUUGGGCAUCAUUCUCUUUGAAUGCUUGUAUGGCCAUACACCAUUCCUGUCUGAGGACGGCGGUCGGCAGGCCACAAAGCACAACAUCGUCCACCACAAGGAAACUUUUGUGCUACCUCAACAGCCUCUCAUUUCUCGACGCGGCCAUCACUUGAUCACGAGUCUCAUAUGCGAACAAGAAGAUCGACUUUCAUCUCCUAGAUACCGCUUGAUUCCUAGCGACAAUGCCCCCGGCUUCACGAUGCGGGACAGACAAAAACACAAGAGAGCUGAGCGUCCCAUAGUCUAUCCCUACGAUGCGGAGGACAUCAAAGAGCAUCCGUGGUUCCGAGAUGUUCCUUGGGAUCGACUGAACCAGAUUAACCCACCAUGGAUCCCAUGCAUCUCCAGUCAGUCUGAUACACGAUACUUCGAGGAGGAAGAGCCCGUGUCGGACUGGUCAGAGUCCGUCCUCAGCGUGAGCUCUGCCUCUGAAGACCAGAAUGAGAUAUCGCCCAAGGCUUGUGAAGCAGCAGGCGAUGCUCAGAAAACCUGCUUUGGAAGGCCCUUGGCGUUUCACGGAAGCCAGCGCAAGCUUGCUCUCCUGAAUGCCGAUCUAAGCCUGCUUCCACGCCACCUGAGGAGCGGUUUGGUUGAGUUUGUCAAUUCCCCAUACGACUCACAAAAGCUCAAGCGCAUGGACCGCGAGAUCAAGGCUCUUGUGCAUAAUCGCGGCAUUCAAGAGAGGGUCAAGAACUUUGUGCCGAAGUUUGGGCGGCGAGAGCGCAAACGUGCUCGGGACCGGCUGUUGCGCGACAGGAGAACAAAAGAUGUUGUCCUGCAGAUCAGAAGACAGACGGCCUUCGUUGGUUAUUCAUAUCUGCGCAAGUGA